AUGGCUUCCCCUCCCAUUCAUUACCUUUUACCAAUCUUUCCCGGGUUCCAACUUCUCGACCUCGCUGGUCCACUGGAUAUCUUGAACUUGCUUUCGACCCAACUUGAUCCAGACAAGUAUCCAUUAUCGUUGACCUUCAUUGCUGAAACGCUAGACCUGGUACCGGUCAAACCUAUCCCCUCUAAAUCAGCCGACUGGAAAUUCGAUCUGCCAACCGCGUUUCCGAAGACGAACGGCAGAGUCAACAUCAGCUUCAACGAGUAUUUACAACCCGAUACCACAUAUGCGGACUAUUUGGAAGCCCUCAGUUCUGGCAGAACAGGAGCCCACGUUGACGUCCUCUUUAUUCCUGGCGGCGUUGGUACACGACUGAAGCGCAUCCAUCCAGAUGGCAGCAAAACAUCUAACGUCCAAAGCCUACUCGAUUUUAUCCCAAAAGUGGUACCUUACAUAACCACCGCCAUCCUGACAGUUUGUACCGGAUCCGACGCACUGGCACAGACUGGUCUGCUCAACGCACGCCGCGCGACUACCAACAUGUCUCGGUGGGCGGAGGUGACGGCGCGGAACCCAAAUGUCUCGUGGGUCAACUUUGCUCGAUGGGUCCGGAGCCUCCCAUCUGAAGCGCACGGCAGCAACAGUGCCCCAAUCGAGAUCUGGACUUCGGCUGGCAUAAGUGCAGGGAUGGAUCUGACUUUGGCGUUCGUUGUGCAAUACUAUGGUGGCCAAGAUGUGGCAAGAGGCCUGGCUAAGGCUUUGGAGUAUGACUGGCGCGAAACCGCGGAGGGCGAGACGGAUCCGUUGUACGAGAAAUAUUUCGCUGUUUGA